GAAAUAUCAAUAAAAUUGACAAGUGUUAGUGCGGUUACGUUUCAGUAGUAAAAAAAUCUUAUCGUCGUAUUUUAAUUAUUCCGAUUGAUUUCUGAGUCACUCACAAUGGGCCUUAAAGGAAUUUCUGGAUUUUUCCUUUUUUUCCGGUUUGUUUGUAAAUAAUACCGUAACCGAAAGGACUCAAUGUCAAAAUCAUGCCUUUCGAAGUCACAACAAAUUAUUCAUGAACGGUACGCCACGGACAUGCGCGUUCCUUUUCUUCCAACGCAUCAAAAUUUCGUCAAAAUAAGUUCCAGAAGGCAUCGCAACAGCUUCAGGACGGCAAAAUCCGCGGGUCAGUAACACUCUGAAUGUCUUUUUGGUGGCUCUGUGUUCCCCUUUUCCGUUAAAUUGUCAAGAAUUUGAGUGUUUAGUGUUUUUUUGCGAUGAAAAUGGCUCGCAUCGCCGACGACGAAGACUUUUAUCGGCUGAAACAGUUCAUUGAGGAGCACAAAAAUUGGACCUUGGAGGUCUCGAAGGGCGACACGAAGGUUUGGACGAAGCCCGUUGACGCGUGCAACUUUAAAAUGGUUAAAAUUCACUCGCUUUUCGAGGAUUGCGAGCCAGAUGUGCUGUUCGAUGUCUUGCAUGAUCCGGAUUAUCGUAAGGUGUGGGACUCGCAUAUGUUAGAUUCCUUUGAAAUUGGCGUUUUUAAUGUUAAUAAUGAUGUUGGGUAUUAUGCAAUGUCAUGUCCGCCGCCGCUCAAACCGCGAGAUUUCAUCUUGCAACGCUCAUGGCUCGAUACGGGAGAGGAACAAAUGCUCAUUUCGCGUUCGGUGCCGCACAAGGACUUUCCUCCGAAGAAAGGAUAUGUCAGGGCAACUUCCUACAUCACUGGUUUCGUAAUUCGCCCCCAUCCGAGGAACCCAAAAGGAUGUUCAUUGGGCUACGUUGCGCACUGCGAUCCGCAAGGAAAACUUCCUUCAUGGCUCGUCAACAAAGUCACUCAUACCCUUGGGCCACGCAUGAUCAGCGACUUGAAGAAGGCAGCGCAAGGAUAUCCCGCAUGGAAGAGCCAACAAUCGAAUAAUCGCAAGCCUUGGAGGUUUCCCGACCAAAUUACCGCACAAAGGGUUUCAGUUUUUGAUCAUUGUUUCCAGUCACAAGUGCUUCCAGAAAAUCUGAAUGGCAGUUCAAACAAUCUCGACAUCAUCACGGGUCGUGGAAGAAAACGCGAAAAAUUGGCAUUUAAAGCAUUGGAGUCGCGCAGUAAGAGUUACACGACGCUGUAAAUUCUUGAAAAAAAUAUUAAAAUUUAGAAAAAAAGACAAGGCGUCUCCAUCGAUGCUUGAAAAAAAGUUUCAGAGUGAUAUUUUUGAGUAGACUGUCGUUUAAUCUUCUUUCAAAGUAUCAAACAAAAAUUAACUCAAAGUCAAAGCUCUAUUCCUUCCCCUUUUGAAAAAAAAAUGUUAAAAAUAACACCAAGAGCUUUGACCGGUCAAAUACAGGGGUAUCUGAUAAAAGUGUGCCUCAGAAAGAAAAUUCUGUGAAAAAAGUUAAAUUUUAAAAAAAAAUCUCCUAAACUAGCAUUUAAGAAGCACUUAUCAAAAAACUCUUCCAAAAAUUAUCAAAUCAAUCAAUUGCCUACAAAAAAAUCUUUAAAAUAAUAAAAACUAGCUACCAGGCGUCUCCCCCAGUUACUUAGCUUAGCGAUUUUAGUCUUUUGAUAACCAAACUUUUUGAUAUCUGCUCGAUUUCUACAACUUUUUGAUGUUCUUAGCUUCCUGAAUUACGAUUUUUAUUAAAUAGAUGUGUAAAAAAAAGGUUUUUAAAUUGCCUUUUUGUGUGUUUUAGAGAUUUUUAAUGUUACCGUUGAAGUUAUUAAUUGCGCUUAGCAAACGAAUUUGGCACCGUAGUUAGUUGUAAAGGUGCCAACCAAACAUUUAAAGACUUAUUAACAAAUAAUUCAAUAUUUAUAAAAGUUUGAUGAGUUUUGAUGACGAACGGAACUAGAAUUGUUAGAAAUUUGGUAGAGGAGUUUUUUUUUAGAGAAAAUUAAGUCUUGAAGGCGAAAAAAAGACAAGACAGAAAU